CCAAGAAACAGCAUCCCAGCCCCGUCGCCGAGAUAAUCAGCAGCAUCGCCGCCAAUAUCUACAGCCCUGCAGCGAGCAAGGGGCCGUCGGCACCUUCUGGCCGGUCUCUGUGUGUGUGUGUGUCGAGCCGAGGAGCACAUACAUAAUACUCUGUAAUAACAACAGCAAGAACACCAUCAACAAAACAGACCUUUACCUUCGCUGCUUCCUACUUUCCUCUCCGCAUCCCCAUUAUCCGACCAUUACUAUCUACCACCACCACCAAACCUCGUUCACUUCCCACAUAUACACACACGGGCCGCCGUCGUCGUCUCGUCCCCUCCUCUUUCACUAUGGCGACCAAAGGCCCCAUCACGACGCCCCUGACGACGCUGCUGGGCAUCCAGCACCCCAUUGUCCUGGCGGGCAUGGCGCGCACCUCGGGCGGCCUGCUCGCCGCGGCCGUGUCCAACGCGGGCGGCCUGGGCGUCAUCGGGGGCUUCAUGUACACGCCCGAGCAGCUGCGCGAGAUCGUUGCCGAGAUGAAGGCCAACUUCAAGUCGCCGGACCUGCCGUUCGGGGUGGACCUGGCGCUGCCGCAGGUCGGCGGGAGCGCGCGCAAGACGAACCACGACUACACAAAGGGCAAGCUGGACGAGCUCAUCGACAUUACGAUUGACAGCGGGGCGAGGCUGUUUGUCUGCGCCGUGGGGGUUCCCCCGCCGCACGUCAUCAAGCGCCUCCACGACGCGGGCAUCUACAUUAUGAACAUGGUCGGGCACCCCAAGCACGCGAAGAAGGCGCUCGACCUGGGCGUCGACAUGGUGUGCCCCCAGGGCGGGGAAGGGGGAGGGCACACGGGCAACAUUGCCAACUCGGUGCUGAUCCCGGCCGUCGUCGACGUCGCCAGGCAGUACAAGCCGCCCAUGCUCAAGGGCUCGCCCGCGCUGGUGGUCGCCGCGGGGGGCAUCUACAACGGCCGCUCGCUCGCGUCGUCGCUCAUGCAGGGCGCCGCGGGCGUGUGGGUGGGCACGCGGUUCGUCGCGUCGGUCGAGGCAAACUGCGCCGAGCAGCACAAGCAGAGCGUCGUCACGGCCGACUGGGACGCCACCGAGCGCACCCUCGUCCUGUCCGGCCGCCCCUUGCGCAUGCGCACCAACGAGUGGGUGGCAAAGUGGCACGCCCAGCCCGACAAGAUCAAGGAGCUCACCAGCAAGGGCAUCGUGCCCAUCGAGUACGACAUUGACCAGGGCAACGACAUCGACCCGCCCCAUCUCAUGGGCCAGGUCGCUGGCUCCAUCACCAGCGUCCAGCCCGCCGGAGUCAUUGUAAAGGAGAUGGUCGAAGAGGCCGUCGAGAUGCUCAAGCUCGGCAACUCCUACUUGUCAUCGCAGUCGAGGCUAUGAAAUUAGAGCGAGGCUUGACGUCUGUUAUCAUCUCGGGAGGGGGGUGUAGGCAUUGUUUCGUGAGAACAGAUUUUUUACUUUGUUUCUAGAGCGAGCAGUCAAUUCAAGUUUCCAUGUUUCUAAAGUAUCCAAGAUUGGAAGAGAGAAAAGAAGAGAAAUUCAGCAUGUGGCUUUGUGUGAAGAGGUGGAUUUCUCUCAAUACAUAUACCUAGGCAUACAUAUCGUGUCGAGGCAACGCGAUCCUGUGCAUCCAGAAACAACAUGUUCCUCGCCGCGAAUAGCGCCGUGUAUACCUGCAUAGACUUACACGCACUUCGUCUGAUCUCACAACAGCAGGCCCUGGUGGGAUCAGUUCUCCGCAUUUUGCAUAAAUAUCACGACGC